ACUCUGCGUGUUCCGUCUUGUGCUUGAAUUUGGAACCACUGACUGUUGGUCACGUUUGAUCCGGCUCCGCCCCCUGAUCUGAUGACAUCUCAUUUCCAUUCAUGUUUUGGUUAAGGCUCCUCCCCCUGCUCUGAUGACCAGGCCAUGUCUUGACAGCACACCAGUUGAGUGUUCCGCCGGCAAGGUCUUUACCAAAGGCCUAGAUGGCGGACCCUCUGGACCUGCUCCUGGGUGUUCUAGAUGAGCUGCGGUCAGGUGAGCUGAAGAGGUUCCGUUUGUACCUGAGCAGCGGUCAGCUGGAGGGCUAUCCCAGAAUCCCCCAGGGCCGUCUGGAGAACGACGACCCAACAGACAUCGCCAGCAAGAUGAGGGAGACCUACGGCAUUGCCGACUCCCUCAAGGUCACCAAGGUCAUCAUGAGAAGGAUCCAUCGCAGUGAUCUAGCAGAGAGGCUGGAGCAGGAUGGUGCCAGCGCCUCAACCCAGCGCAGGUUCACAGACGUGCGGCAAUAUGCCUGCGAUCUCACUCUGAACCCGAACACGGCUACCAGCUGCCUUCUCCUGUCCGAGGGCAACACACGCGUGGAGAACUUUACGGGGAGGAAGGAUCUCUCCUACCCACCGCACCCCGCUCGCUUUGAGAGCUGCUGUGCCCAGGUGCUGUGCUGUGAGGCGCUGACUGGGCGCCACUACUGGGAGGUCACCUACACCGACAUGGUGCUCAUCGGCGUGGCCUACCGGACCAUCGACAGAACAGCUCGGUGUCCCCAACACGUGGUGGGCCAGAACGACAAGUCCUGGAGCAUCUGGUGCAGCGACUCCGAGUACAUAGCCAAACAUAACCGUCAGUACACACACAUAAACAUCGAGCCCUCGCCCUGGAGGAGAAUAGGGGUGUAUCUGGACUAUCCAGCUGGUGUCCUGUCCUUCUACAGCGUCUCCCCCUCACACACCCUCACACACCUGCACACCUACCACACCACAUUCACAGAGCCCCUCUACCCAGGCUUCUGUGUGUACUGGGGGGGUAGUAUGCUGACCUUAUGCCAGGUUGAAUGAGCUCUUGUGACUGAGCGAAACUAGGCUCUGCCUCUGUGCCAGUUAGCUGCAAGAAAGGGGUGUCUAAAAACAAGAUACCAAUAAUACAUAGGUUUUAUAUAGCGCUUUUCUGGGUACCCAAAGACGAUAAAAAACACUUAAUCUGAGGUAAAAGGUACUCAAAACAAGUGAAAUUAUCUGUCCAUGCAGCAAGAUGAUUUCACUUGACAAGAUUUCUAGAAUUAAAACAAUUAAAUCUAGAAAUAAGAUUAUAGUGUAAAGUUGAACACUUAAAAAUAAGAAAAUCACUCUUAAAAUAAGAUAAAUUAUCUAACACUUCUCUCACAAUGGAUUUUAACGAUGUAUUUUAAACUCACGAUGGAUUUUAAAAACUAAAUCACAUUUACCUUUUGUAAAUGGUUAAUGGUUAAUGCUUAUAUAAUGAUGAUAAUGGAGGAAAUCUGUAUAUCUCCUGUGCUGUUCAUAUGAGUGAGUGGUGGGGGCUGUGUGUAGGGUGUGUGUGUGUGUGUGUUCAUAUGAGUGAGUACUGGGGGCUGUGUGUAGGUUGUCUGUGCGGUUAUUGAUGAAUACAUUGUCAGGGCCUUUAUGCAGAGUAUAUGGCAUUACCGUCUUUUGGUAUUUACAUCAAUCCAAUACACCUUGAAUUUCCCCUUGGGGAUCAAUAAAGUAUCUAUCUAUCUAUCUAUCUAUCUAUCUACAAGGCUAUUGAAUCGCCAUUUAAAUGAGCCUGCUUAUGCAGACAUGCCUUUUAAAACAUGAAUUCUGAAAUGUUUGUAAAACUGGCA